AUGUCUUUUCAGUCAAAUAAAAAUAAAACUUUCCAAAAGAAAACAUUAUCCGCUUUUUCAACUGAUGCAACAACAUCUAAAAAAAGAAAAAUAAGCGAAGAUGAAGACUUGAAAGAAAAAAUUACACCAAUAACAGAUUUUGAAGAUGAUAGGUCACGAUCUUCUGAUUCUAAAAGAGAAAAAAAAAUAUCAAGAAGGAGCAAACAUUCAUCAAAUAAUGAUAAGAUGUCUAUUGACGAUGGUAAUGGUGAUGAUGGAUUAAUAGCUAAAGAACUUUCAAUUGGAUAUUUAAGAGACAGAAUCACUAAUACUGGUCAUCAUCAAUAUCAAUUAGAAAGUAAUAAAGAACAAGUUUCUGCUUUGGAAACUUUUAAAAAUCAAAUUCAAAGUUGUCCUGAUGAGGAAUGGCAAUUGGAAGAAAUCAGAAUGUCAAACGUUAUGAAUACAAAUUCAAAUAUUGCAAAUCCAAAUAUUAUCAUGACAGAAAAGUGUGAAUUAUUGCAAAAUGCAUUAACAACAACGGCAUCAACAUUUCUUGAUAGUAAUUUCAAUAAUUUGUUUGGUUCAUGUGGUGGCGGCGUUGAAUCACAACUAUACCAAACAUCAUCAUUUUUACCACCUAAAAGUAACGACAGAUAUUUACAACUAUACGCAGCAGGCAAUAUAAUUACUGGAAACGGUAAUGAUUUAUCUUCAGAAUCAGAUGAUAUGAUUAUUGAAAAAUAUAUGAAUUGCAAUGAUUUUAGUAAUGGUAGUAAAGAAAUAGAAACAAUAAGAUCAGAGUUUGAUUCGAUAAUAGCCGAAGUUAUGAAGGAAAGUGAGAAUAUUGUUUAUUCACUUAAUGAUCAAUUUUCAAAUAAAAAUAAAACUUUCCAAAAGAAAACAUUAUCCGCUUUUUCAACUGAUGCAACAACAUCUAAAAAAAGAAAAAUAAGCGAAGAUGAAGACUUGAAAGAAAAAAUUACACCAAUAACAGAUUUUGAAGAUGAUAGGUCACGAUCUUCUGAUUCUAAAAGAGAAAAAAAAAUAUCAAGAAGGAGCAAACAUUCAUCAAAUAAUGAUAAGAUGUCUAUUGACGAUGGUAAUGGUGAUGAUGGAUUAAUAGCUAAUUUAGAACUUUCUACGAUCGCGAAAUCAUAUGCAUAUUUUGAAAAACUUAUUUUAAAGAAUGUGGUGAAUAAGUCGAAUCGAAAGUUGAUUGGAGUGAAUGAACCAAUGAAAAUGUUAUAUACACCAUUAUUAGAGUCACUACAUAAAAAUUUGGAGGUUACGAAAAAAGAAAUUUUAGAACAAGAAUUCUCAGUUUUUUCAUCUUUAGAAUUUGAACUUUAUCUACAUAAUCAAGAAUAUAUGCCACAUUUCGAAAGGCUUCUUACUAAUUUGAUUGGUAAAAUAUUUGCGCCUAAUCCUAAAUGUGUAGGACGUGGUUUUG